AUGGCCUCCCCAACCGUCCUCCCCUCUCUCCAAAAACACUCUGCCACGAUCAUCUUCCUCCACGGCUUGGGCGACUCCAGCGCAGGCUGGGUCCCGUUGGCUGCGGCGCUGAGGCAGAAGAAGCAGUUUGGGCACGUCAAGUUCGUGUUGCCGACCGCGCCUGUGCAGCCUGUGACGGCGAAUGGCGGGUAUCGGAUGACUAGUUGGUUCGACAUCCAAGACCUCGGACCCGCCGGCCUCCGCGCCGAAGACGACACGGGGAUGCUUUCCUCCGUGCGGUCCAUCUCGUCCCUAAUCUCCUCCGAAAUCGACUCUGGCAUCCCCGCAAACCAGAUCGUCGUAGGAGGAUUCUCGCAGGGCGCGGUGAUUGGUUAUUUGACGGCCUUGACGAGUGAGAGGAAGCUUGCGGGCGUGGUCGCGUUGAGUGGGUUCUUGGGAAUGGCGGACAAGGUCAAGUCGGUGAGCUUCGCCUCGAUGCUCAGCGACCACGCCACCUCCCUCCCGAUCUUCCACGGCCACGGCGACGCUGACCCUGUCGUGCAGUACAAGUGGGGCCAGCAAACGAUUGCCAAGCUGGAGGAGCUCGGGUUCAAGAGUGUCGAGUUCAAGACGUAUCCCCGGAUGGGCCAUUCGUUCUGCGACGAGGAACAGCGGGAUUUGGAGCGCUUCCUCGAAAAGGUCCUCCCGGCCGAGCCUUCCUCGUAG